GUACAGCAACAACGUCGUAGUCGCCUAGCGAGCCUGAUAAGCUCGAUAUGAAUAAACUAAUCGUGUUACUUAUUAUCGGUACUUUGUGCCAUCAACAGACUUCCGGUAGACCAAGUCACGAUGAAGAGCACGGUCAUCACAAAAGAGGCAUUUGUAGUCGAAAAUCAGGCGAUAGAGUGAGAUCAGACUAUGAAGAAGGGUUAGCAAGAGAAGAUGACACGGACAUGUAUGUGGAAAUGGACGAAAAUCUAAAAGUGGAGAUGAACCUGUGGCAAAAGAUGAAUGACGAAAUGGCCGAGGAUAUCAGGAGGGAUCUGGACAAUCUGGAUGUAGAUCUGAAGAAGCAUAUAAAGGAUGAAAAGUACCCGGAGAUGGAGAAAAAUGUGGAAGAGGAGAGUCUAGAGGAGGAAAGGCGUAGGGAGGAUGAGAAGUACCGGGAGGCGGAGAUGCGUGUGAAGGAGGAGUAUCUAGAAAAAGAAAAGCAUCUGAGGAGUGAAAAGUAUGACGUGAUAGAGGAUUACCAAGAUACGAUGGAAGACGACGAAAAGGAAUAUGGUAAAACACAGAUGAAGGACCAAGAAAAGGAUCAAAGACAAGAGAUGUGGGAUGAUGCUAUAAUGGAAGAAGACCAAAAGGAAGAAAAAGAUGAAACAGAUGAGAACGACCAAGAAAGGGAGAAAAAUCAAAAGAAGAAAAAAUGUAACACGAAGCAGAAAAGCCAAGGCAUGGAGACAAAUCAGAAAGAAGAAUAUCAACAUAAGGAGGAAGGUCAAGGAGAGGAAAAGAAUCAGAAAGAGGAAAACCAACACAAGGAGAAAGGUCAAGGGGAGGAAAAGAAUCAGAAAGAGGAAAACCAACACAAGGAGAAAGGUCAAGGGGAGGAAAAGAAUCAGAAAGAGGAAAACCAACACAAGGAGAAAAGUCAAGGAGAGGAAAAGAAUCAGAAACAGGAAAACCAACACAAGGAGAAAAGUCAAGGAGAGGAAAAGAAUCAGAAAGAGGAAAACCAACACAAAGAGAAAAGUCAAGGAGAGGAAAAGAAUCAGAAAGAGGAAAACCAACACAAAGAGAAAAGUCAAGGAGAGGAAAAGAAUCAGAAAGAGGAAAACCAACACAACGAGAAAAGUCAAGGAGAGGAAAAGAAUCAGAAAGAGGAAAACCAACACAAGGAGAAAGGUCAAGGAGAGGAAAAGAAUCAGAAAGGGGAAAACCAACACAAGGAGAAAGGUCAAGGAGAGGAAAAGAAUCAGAAAGAGGAAAACCAACACAAAGAGAAAAGUCAAGGAGAGGACAAGAAUCAGAAAGAGGAAAACCAACACAAAGAGAAAAGUCAAGGAGAGGAAAAGAAUCAGAAAGAGGAAAACCAACACAAGGAGAAAAGUCAAGGAGAGGAAAAGAAUCAGAAAGAGGAAAACCAACACAAGGAGAAAAGUCAAGGAGAGGAAAAGAAUCAGAAAGAGGAAAACCAACACAAGGAGAAAGGUCAAGGAGAGGAAAAGAAUCAGAAAGAGGAAAACCAACACAAGGAGAAAGGUCAAGGAGAGGAGAAGUAUCAGAAAGAGGAAAACCAACACAAGGAGAAAGGUCAAGGAGAGGAGAAGAAUCAGAAAGAGGAAAACCAACACAAGGAGAAAGGUCAAGGAGAGGAGAAGAAUCAGAAAGAGGAAAACCAACACAAGGAGAAAGGUCAAGGAGAGGAAAAGAAUCAGAAAGAGGAAAACCAACACAACGAGAAAAGCCAAGGAGAAGAAAAGAAUCACAAGGAGGAAUACCAACAGAAUGGGAAAAGUCAAGAAAUGGAGUCAAAGGAUCAGAAGGAGGAAUACCAACAAAAUGGAAAUAGCAAAGGAAUGGAGACGAAUCAGAAGAAAGAGGAAUACCAACAGCAUGAAAAAAGCGAAGGAAUGGAGAAAAAUCAGAAGAAGGAGGAAUACCAACAAAAUGGAAAUAGCAAAGGAAUGGAGAAAAAUCAGAAGAAGGAGGAAUACCAACAAAAUGGAAAUAGCAAAGGAAUGGAGACGAAUCAGAAGAAGGAAGAAUACCAACAGAAUGGACAAAGCCAAGAAAUGGAGACAAAUUACAAGAAGGAGGAAUAUCAACAGUAUGGGAAAAGCCAAGGUAUGGAGACAAAUCAGAAGAAAGAGGAAUACCAUCAGAAUGGAAAAAGCCAAGGACUGGAGACGAAUCAGAAGAAGGAGGAAUAUCAACAGUAUGGGAAAAGCCAAGGAAUGGAGACAAAUCAGAAGAAAGAGGAAUACCAUCAGAAUGGAAAGAGCCAAGAAAUGGAGACGAAUCAGAAGAAGGAGGAAUAUCAACAGUAUGGGAAAAGCCAAGAAAUGGAGACAAAUCAGAAGAAAGAGGAAUACCAUCAGAAUGGAAAAAGCCAAGAAAUGAAGACGAAUCAGAAGAAGGAGGAAUAUCAACAGUAUGGGAAAAGCCAAGGAAUGGAGACAAAUCAGAAGAAAGAGGAAUACCAUCAGAAUGGAAAAAGCCAAGAAAUGGAGACGAAUCAGAAGAAGGAGGCAUAUCAAGAGUACGGGAAAAGCCAAGGAAUGGAGACAAAUCAGAAGAAAGAGGAAUACCAUCAGAAUGGAAAAAGCCAAGAAAUGGAGACGAAUCAGAAAAAAGAGGAAUACCAUCAGAAUGGAAAAAGCCAAGAAAUGGAGACGAAUCAGAAGAAGGAGGAAAGAAAACAGAGUGGAAGUUCUAAAAAACAGUGAGUAAAUGAUUCAGUGGUUCAGAGGGCAAUGCAUACAAAGAAUACUGCUAUUUAUUGAAAUUUGGCACCUACUCUCCGUCGAGAAGACUGAUGUACUACCAUGGAAAGCCUCUUGGUAUCAAUAUUGGCUAUAUUGCUUGUCCAUAAUGAAAAUAGAAUGUAGGAAGUAAGGAAUGACCGAUAUAGAGUUACAAGAAAUUGCAUACUGACUGUGAAAAUGUAGAGUUAAUAUCUUCUUCUGGAAUGACUCAUACUAUUAGACUGCUAUAUUAAAAGAAUCACAAUAUUUUGAAAUAAUUGUAUUUGUAAUAGACUCAAAUAACGAAAAUUUGUUUGAUGCUUUGUAAAGAGCGGAAUAAAUCUUGCACGUUCAACAUAAA